AUGGACAAAGAUCUUAAGUGGAUAACAAAACCCGAAGUAAACAUACCAAAUUAUUAUAAAUUAGAACUUGAAGUUAAUAAAGAUAAUAAAAAACACGAUGAUCGUUUAGAUAAUGAUUUUAAGAAAGUUUAUAUUGAUCCAUUGGAAGUAAUUAAUAUAAGCGUUCUUGAUGAGAUUUUAAAUUUUGAGUCUAAAAAACUACAAUUUUUAAAAGAAACUGAUGUUAUUGAUCGAAGGUAUUUUGUUAAGAAAUCUGAAAGAUCAGAAGCUUUUAAAAGAAUUGAACAACAUAAUAAGUUAACAUCUGUAUUUAAUUAUCAGCGACAUUUACAAAAUUCAUUUAAUACUGUUGAUGAAAAAGAUAAUGAUGUAAUAGAAGAAUAUCCUCUCUUCCUGAAUAAUGAAAACUAUAUACUGGUAUCAGGAUUACCUAAUACAGAAUUUGAAUUUUUUAAUUUGUUAGAAGAAGGUGAUGUUAAAUCAAAAGUAACUGUUAAUGGUUCUAAGAAAAGUUUUAUGAAACAAAAGAGCGACAAGUAUUUAAUUAUUAGUAUUAAGGAUGGGAAUGGAUAUUUUAAUUAUUGUGAUCAAAUACAUAAACUCUUUUAA